GUAUUCCCAAAAGCAAAAAGUCUAGUGUCUUCUAGUCUGUGGUAGAUCAUCCCAGUUAAAACUAUACUUAAAACAUUAAAACAAAAAAGUAACAAUUAACGACAUAAUCUUGAGGACUUUUUGUUGAAAAAUUGGCUAACAACGUAGAAGGAAAACAAACAGAGUUAACAAAAUGUCUGCGACUGCAUUUGCUCCGCAACGGGGACCCAAGCCUCCUGUAAAUGAUCCCAAAAAUAUUCAAAGACUGUUAGAUGAGAAUGGUCACAUUAUUCAAGUAAUACAAGAACACCAGGCAAAAGGAAAGGCACAGGAAGUCAUGCAAAUGCAAAGUACAUUACACAGAAACUUGGUUUACUUGGCAACCAUUGCAGAUUCUGCUCAGAAUGUUAGUUCUUUACUUCCUAUGAUUCAACCACCAGGACCUGCCCCUCCUCAACAACCUAAUCAUAAUCCCCCUUCAGGAGAUCAACAACAUAAUAUGAAUAAUUUCAAUCACCAACAACAACCACCAGGAGCUGCAAAUUACAGACAACAACCAGGCCCCCCACAACGUCCUGGCGGUCCCCCUGGACCUCACCCUUACCAACAACGGGCAUACCCUCAAGGACAGUAUCAGAAUCAAUAUCCUCCACAGGGACCAAAUUAUCCUCCACAACCAUCUUAUGGAGCGCCACCAAAUCAACCUCCUGGAUAUCCUCCUAAUGCUCCACAAGCAAAUUAUGGACAACCACCGGCAAAUGCUGCUCCUCAUACAAAUUAUCAACAACCAGGUUAUGGUACUCCUCCUCCACCAACUACUGGCGGAGCUACUCAACCUAAUCCAACUUCUGCACCUUAUCCACCACCUGCUGCACCAGCACCAACUCAACCAGCUCAAUAUGGGCCUCCUCCAAAUGGCAGUCACUAUCCUGCUGGUACCCCCCCACAAAAUUAUCCUCCACAAGGUUAUCCCAACCCACAAGCUUAUGCACCUCCUUCAUCCAAUCAACCUAAUCCUCCACCACCACAGAACUAUCCUGCUAACAAUACUCAGGCUCCACCAUUUUCCGCCCCUCCUACAAAUACCCAGAGUCCAGCUGUUACCUCUACUCCUCCAACUUCCCAACCUUAUCAACAACCUCCAUAUCCACCAAACUCUCAGCCAAGUAAUCCAGGAUAUACAUCACCUCCUAAUCAAGGUUAUCCGCCUGGUCCAGGUGGCCCCCCAGCUAAUUAUGGAUAUCCUCCCCAACCAGCUGGUUAUCCACCACAACCACAGUAUGGUCAACAGCCUCAAAAUAAUUAUUACAGGCCUCCUGCUGCCCAAGGACCACCUGUAGCUCCACCUCAAGGGGGAUACACAUACAAUUAUCCUCCACAGCCAAAUCCACAAUAAGUUUUCAAUUAUAAUGUAGUUUAAAUUUAGUUAAUUUGAAUUGAUUUUUUUACUUUAUUACUAUGUAUUUAAAACUUGAUUUUGUUUCAAAAAUUUGUAAUUUAAAAUAAAAUAGAAAAUGGUUGCAA